UUAUCCUUUUUGGACAAGCCAGGGCAUCGCUUGAAUUACAUAUGUGUCCUCUUCCCACACCAGAUGCUUUGCUGCGUCAAUUGAAGGAUCUGGGGUUGGAUCAGUUCUACAGAGAGAAGCUCUCACUCAGCAGGAUACUUCAGAUCAGCGAGAAGACCAUCAAUGAAGAACCUGUCAAGAAUAAAUCAGAUCUUCCAUGGUAUCUUCUAAAGAAACUGAUGAUGACAAAUGUGACAGCUAGAAAUGUGAAAURUGUAUCUGAAUCAGAAAMUAUWGAUUCAGAUUCAGAAGAUGAGUCUGMAAAUUCAAAYACAGACAUGUUAAAUUCUCUUGAUAUAAUCACUGCUCUCUUUCUGUGUUCUGAUAGUUUUGUUCAGCAAGAAUUGUCUCUAAAAAUGUCCAUGUGUCAGUUCUCUGUGCCUCUGCUGCUUCCCAAUUGUGACACAAACCAGUGCACACUGAUGCUGUGGGCCAUGAGAGACAUUGUUAAAAAGUACAGACCUCUGUCUCUCUCAGAGUCCAAAGGAUUCAGAGAAGAAAGAAUCGUUCUUUCUGAACUUCCAAUGGUCUCCUUUGUCAGACUGGGUGAGUGCUCCUUKUCCAAAUCAGAGAUCCUGAAUAAACUCCUCAGUACUCCUCAGCAGUACCAUGACACCUUUGUUCACCACAACAUGGAGUGUGGAGAAGCUCCAAAARUAAUCUCCAAUGGACUGACUGAAAUCAGYUGGUACCUUCCCUGUGGAAKURAAAACAUGRACAUCUUCAGUGAASCAGUGGCUGUAGCUAACCUUCAUGGUGACAUUGCUUCAUUUAACACACAAACMUCUUUUUUGUGUCAAACAUCUGCAGCAGUUUUUGUGUUCUUUGACCAGCUGGACCCUGAAUGUGAACUGCUGACUAACAAAAACCACAAAGCUCAGAUCUUCUUGGUGGGAAACCAGCAAAGUAAGAACUUCAGUUUAGAUGCUGUAAAGAAAGUACAAAACAAGUUGAGCUUAAACAAAAACAAUAUAAUUAUAAAGAAAAAAACAACUGAUGCAGAUUUUGUCAAACGUUUGAGAAAAACUGUCAAUGAGGUAGUUAACAACCCACAGAUCAAAAUGUCAAUAGAAAAGAUGGCUGAUGUUGCUCAUGAUCUGGGAAUAUUAGUUGAUGAAGACUCUUCAGAGUGCCAAGCUGGAAAGAAAAAUGCAGACAUCAUCACUGAAGACAUUAAAGACACACUGAAAUUCAAAGAAGAUCAGCUUCCACUACAAGGUGAAACAUGGAAAGAACUGACUUGUUUAGAGAAAGAAGAGUGUCAGCUUCAAAAAGUUGGUUCUAACAACAUAGAAACUUACAAAAGUAAACUUCAAAAAGAGAAAGAAGAACUACGAAAAAAACAAAACAGCUAUGCAAUGUCAAAUGCCAUG